AUGGCCGCCCGCCAGAGCCCUGACUCGGCUGACCCUUUCUAUCAAGACACAAACACCUUGAACCAGUCCGAGUCGCAGGAAAAUGCGACCCGUCUCAUGGAUGACCUCGAGCUGCUGCGGGCCGAGCGUCUCGCCAGCAACGAGGAGAAGAGAGAGCGGGAGGGCUCGCGCCGCAGAUCCAAGUCCUUGAGUCGCAGGCAUCGCCCAGAGGCCCCGCCAGAGGAUGCCUUUGACACUCUGACGAGGGAGCCUCAAAUUCCUACGACGAAACCCCCAGAGAAGGCGACCCUUGUGCGCAAGCUCUUUAACGAGAUCAAGAGGUUUCCAAGAAUCAUCCGAUAUUUUGUUUAUGCCAUCCCUGUGGCUGCUAUUCUUCUCACACCGAUCCUGUUGGCCAAAUUUGCACUCAAUGGCGACACAACCAUUGGAGGAGCAGGCGGCCUCCAGCUGCUAUGGUUCGGCAUAUGGCUCGAGAUUGUGUGGUGCAGCAUUUGGGCAAGCCGUAUCAUCGUAGCCACGAUGCCUUUGUCGUUUGGCACAGUGGCCAAGGUGAUUGGCUCGAGCAACCACAAGAAGUGGAAGGAUAUUGGCAGACAGAUGGAGAUGCCGACGGCGGCUUUCCUGUGGCUCCUGGGACUGAUCUGCUCCUUCAAGCCCAUCACCGACAAUCACCGCAGCGGGGGUGGUGGGUCCAGCGACGACCCCCCUUACAUCCUCUGGAUCGACGUCGUCUGGAAGGUCAUCAUUGCCCUGUUUGUGCUGGCCACCAGCAACUUUGCCGAGAAGAUCCUGAUCCAGUGGAUCGCGACCUCGUUCCAUGUGCGGACCUACGCGUCGAGGAUCGAGCAGAACAGGAUCAACAUCGACUACCUGGUGCGCCUGUACGAGUACUCCAAGCUCAAGUUGGUCACAGACGACCCAGAGUGGACCGAGGCCAACGGCGGUCCGUCUGGGGCCAAGACGCCGCUCAGGAUGGUGCAGCAGAAUGCCCGUCUGGCCCUGAACAACAUCGGCAAGGCGGCAGGAAGGGUGGCUGGCGACCUCACGGGCCGCAAGGUCAUGGCGAGCGGGCACCCGCGCAAGGUGGUGCUGGAGCUGAUGCGCAACACACACAACUCGCACAUCCUGGCGCGCCGCAUCUACCGCACCUUUGUGCGCGACGGUGCCGAGACCAUCACCCUGGACGACCUCAAGGAGGCCUUUGCCGCGCCCGAGGACGCAGAGGCCUGCUUUGGCAUCUUUGACCAGGACCUGAACGGGGACAUCUCGGUCGAGGAGCUCGAGCUGGUGUGCAACGAGAUCCACCUCGAGAAGAAGGCCAUCGCCGCCUCGCUCAAGGACCUGGACUCGGUCAUCAAGAAGCUGGAUCAGGUCUUUCUCUUCAUCAUCUUCAUCAUCGCCGCCAUCGUCUUCAUCUCCAUCAUCUCCGGGUCCGCGGCCUCGGCCCUGGGCACGAGCGGUACCACGAUUCUUGGUCUGUCCUGGAUGCUGCAGGCGACGGCGCAGGAGUUUCUGCAGUCCAUCAUUUUCGUCUUUGUCAAACAUCCUUUUGAUGUGGGCGAUCGCGUUACUGUCUACGGCAACACCGGUUCCCUGGGCACUGGUGAUGAUUAUUAUGUCAUGGAGAUCUCUCUUCUCUACACCGAGUUCAAGAAAAUGGAAGGACAUAUCGUGCAAGCUCCCAACUCUCUGCUCAACACCCUCUUCAUCCUCAACCAGCGACGAAGCAGCGGUCUCGCGGACCCCAUCGAGCUCAAGCUGCGCUUCGGCACUCCCAGCGCCCUGGUUGACGAACUCAAGGCGCGCAUGCUGGAUUUUGUGCUCGAGAACAAGCGCGACUACCAGCCCCAGAUCAUCAGCGAGGUCCGCACCAUCGACGAGGUCUACUCCGUCACCCUGAACAUCAUCUUCUUCCACAAGUCCAACUUCCAGAACGAGCUGCUCCGCCUCCAACGCCACAACAAAUUCGCCGCCGAGCUCAUGCACCAGAUGACGGAACUGGGUAUCGAGGGCCCCCGCAAGGCCCAACCUGGUGGUGCCAAGGAGUACCCAUUCUACUAU